ACGCGUAAAAACACUGAAACGAACAGGCCUGAUAAGUCUAAUAAUUCCAGUAUUGAAAAAUGAUUCCUACAGUAACUCUGCUGCUUUUAUUUGUUUUUAUUUAUGCCGAUCCUGAUGAUGUCAAACCGGAACAAAUACAUCUGUCAUAUGGGCGCAGCCCGGAUCAAAUGAUGGUGACUUGGAGUACACCAAGCGAGAUUUCGAACUCUCAAGUUUCCGUCAGCGACAACCCGGCGUUCGGGACACCCAAGACGUUCACUGGCCACAGCACCAAGUUCGUGGACGGGGGGAGUGCGCACCAUACCCAGUACAUCCACCGAACUCUCAUCACGGGCUUGACGCCGGGAACAAAAUACUAUUACAAAUGUUCCGGCUCAGGAGGAAUAUGGAGCGCCAUGAUGUGGUUCAGCACGAUGAAGGAAGGCAGUGCGUGGAGUCCACGGCUGGUGAUGUUCGGAGACAUGGGCAAGGUGAACGCGCAGUCCCUGCCUCGUCUACAACAAGAACUCGACCUGUACGACGCAGCCCUGCACAUAGGUGACUUCGCUUACGACUUCGACACUGACAACGCCACUGUCGGGGAUGACUUCAUGCGACAGAUUCAGUCAGUCGCGGGAUACCUACCUUAUAUGACGUGCCCAGGAAACCACGAGAACGCAUACAACUUUUCCAACUACAAGAAUAGGUUCACUAUGCCAAGAGACGAGGACAGCAGCCUAAAAUAUGUCAGUUUUAACAUCGGACCGGCUCACAUUGUGUCGUUCUCGACUGAGUUCUUCUACUACGUCAACUACGGCGUAAUGCAGGCCAUCAGACAGUUCAAGUGGCUAGAGGAAGACUUGAAGACAGCCAAUCUGCCCGAGAACCGAGCCAAACAGCCGUGGAUUAUCACGAUGGGUCACAGACCCAUGUACUGCUCCAAUGCCGACCAUGAUGACUGCACUAAAGAUGAGGAUAAGGUUAGAGUUGGAGUUCCUGGUCUGCACCUGUUAGGACUUGAAAACAUGUUUGAGAAAUACGGGGUCGACAUUGAAAUGUGGGCUCAUGAACACUCGUACGAAAGACUUUGGCCAGUCUUUAACAGGAAGGUCUACAAUGGAAGCUACAGUGAACCGUACAAAAACCCCGGAGCACCUGUUCACAUUGUUACAGGAUCCGCGGGAUGCAGGGAGCGUAUUGACAAAUUCAUCAAAUAUCCCCCAUCGUGGUCGGCGGUGCGAAUCGCCGAUUACGGCUACACUCGCAUGAACAUCUACAACAGCAGUCACAUCUACAUGGAACAGGUGUCUGAUGACAAGGAUGGAGCUAUUGUCGACAGAGUGAUGGUGAUUAAAGACCGCCAUGGACCAUACGGACUGAGAAGUCAUUCAAAGUAAACAAAUCACAAAACUGAGUCUCCCAUGUUAAUUAUUGUUUCAUUUGGUUUGUUUUAACAGAUUAAUUAAAGAGUGUUAAAAUUAAAA